GGCCCCGUGACGCGCGGGGAGAUCCCCGUGGACAAGGAGAGGGGUUGGUCCAAGGGCUUUGGUUUUUUUUCCUUUCCCCCCGUGGAGGUUGCUGACCCCCCCCUCCAGGCUUUCCCCGGGGCGUGGAUGGAUGGGAAAGAAAUAAAAUUCGAGAAGGGGCCGCCCCGCCAGCACACAGGCACACACAGC